CCGAUCCAUGUCCUCCUCCUGCUCACAUCUCCUGGACGCACUCAAGGACUGUCUGCUGCACUCGGACUGUGUUCUCAAGCAGGGACACCUUCCAUCAGAGUGCUUGAAGAACCACACCCACGAGCUUCCGGAAGCAUGCCAGUCUCUCCGAAAGGCGACUUUUGAGUGCAAGCGGGGAAUGUUGGACAUGAGAAAACGGUUCAGGGGCAACAACGUUGACAUCCCACCUCCUCCACCCAAAGCUCCGGAGCAGACUACAGCAGCUUCUGCCUAGCUUUACAGCCGGGUUCCUCCUAUAGAGUGCUAUCCGUGAGACGCGAAUGUCCUCGGCGCUAUACGGUCUCCUCCACGUAGGAGGCACUGGCUGUCCAUGUCAUGAUGAUGACACCAACAUAUCGUUCAAGUGGAGUAGAGUAGGCUUCGGCGCUCUUCAUAGUUAUAGCCUUCAGAGAACUGUGUCUGCUCUAGAAUUUGCUAUGUAUAGUAUGCUCUCCGCCGCAUGUCUCUGCUCCCUUCGUAUCGAACAAGUCGCCGAGGAUGUGUCUCGUGCUGCCCAAGCAAC